UUACUUCUGUAUGCUUUGAGAGUCUUUCUUGGGCUAUUGCCAACCAUAUCAUUCUUUUUCCUUUCUUGUCUUCCCUUUUUCUUUUCUUUCUUUCUUUAAUCUACUGAAUAUUUUCUAUCAGUUUAAGAGGGAUCAUUUCUUUGAAUUCUUCAUCAUCAUCAGCCUCUGUACAUGGCUACUGAAACUGUUUCAUCAGAUCAUCUUAUACCUGGCUCUGAGAAAAUUGAGAAGGAAGUGCUUGAAGAGGUUAAGACAAUGGAAGUAGAGAGUGUUCCCCCUACUAAAGAUAAUGGAAUAAAACCAAUAGAAGAGGAUUCCCCUAGUCCAGUGGUUUCUUCUACUGAAACAGUGGAAAAAAUAGAGGACACAAAAAGCGAAGCUCCAGUAAUUGAAGAGCCAAAGAAGGAUGCCGAGGAAGAAAAGCCGAAAGCUGAGGAACCAGGCUCAACAAUAGCAGAAGAGGUUGAGAAAGUUGAAAAUGAAGAGAAGCCGAAUGCGGAGGAACCAUCGCAAGUGAUAGUCGAAGAAGUAAAGAAAGCUGAUGAAGAAGAGAAGCCAAUAGCAGACGAAGCUGCUCCAGCGACAGUUGAAGAAGUAAAGAUAGCUGAUGAGGUAGAGAAGCCAACAAUAGAGGCACCAACACCUGCCAUCGUCGACGAGGUAAAGAAAGCUGAUGAGGAAAAUAAGCCAACAACAGAGGAACUACCAGCAACCAUCACUGAAGAGUUAAAGAAAAGUGAUGAGGAAGAGAAGCCUAAAGCUGAUGAACCAAUCCCAACUAUAGCCAAGGAAGUAAAGAAAGCUGAUGAAGAAGAGAAGCCAACAAUGGAGGAGCAACCAGCAACCAUUAUUGAAGAAUUAAAGAAAACUGAUGGGGAAGAUAAGCCUAAAGCUGAUGAACCUAUUCCGGUAAUAGUCGAAGAAGUAAAGAAAGCUGAUGAGGAGCCAACAAUAGAGGAACCACCACCAACCAUCAUUGAAGAGGUAAAGAAAAGUGAUGAGGAAGAGAAGCCAAUAGCUGAUGAGCCAUUGCCCCCGGCAAUUGAAGAGGUAAAGAAAGCUGAUGAGGACCAGAAGCCUAAUGCUGAUGAAAUAUCGCCACCUCCACCCACAACUGAUGAGGAGGAGAAACCAAAAGCUGAGGAACUGCCAAGUAUACCUGCUACUUCAGCAGAAUCAGAAGAAAAGACCGGAGACAAGGAAAUUGAGCCUCCAACUGUUGAAGAAGUUAAGAAACAAGAUGAGACACCUGCAUUGGAUGUUACUAGCAAAGAUAUUCCAGAAUUAACCAAGGAACCUGCUCCUGAACCAGAAGCUCAAAGUAUUCCUGAGCAAGUUGUUGAUGUUAUCAAAGGUGAACUAGAGGUGCAACCAGAGGCUGAAAAGGUUGAAAUUUUGGAGAAAGGAUCUGAAAAUGAGCCUGUCAAGGAAAAUCCUGAAGAGCAGCCAACAACAGUUGGCGUUGUGGAAAAAUCAGUUGCGGCUGUUGAGGACAAGAAGGAGCAAGCAGAUUUAGAGGCCAGUGAACUGCAAAAAGCUGUUGUAACAGUGUCAGAAGUUCCAGUGGCAGAACCUAAGAUAGAAGAAAUUUCAGUACCAGCUCCUGAAAAGACUGAACAAGAAGUUGCAGAGGCAGUUACAGGAAAAGAAGAAGCGAUUCCAGUAGAUAAGGUAGAAGAGGCCCCAAAAGGGGAAUCUCUUCUUGCAGAGAGCUCGAAAAAAGCAACUUCAACCACUUUAGGAUCAUUAAUGCAGAAGACAGAUGAGGACAGUCCUGCUGAAGUUACUGGAGACAAUGCUGUUGUUGAGGAGAAAGAAAAGGAAUCGGUUCCAAAGGCUACAGUUGCUGAAGCACCAGCAAAAGAAGAGGUUGAAAAAGUCGAAAGAGAAACAAAGGAUGUGAAAACUGAUGAUCAAGAUAAGGGGGAAAAAAGUGUUGCUAGUGAGGAAUUAGCGGCACCAGAAGCAAAGGUUGUUGAAACAUCUGAAGUUACUGAAAAGGCUCCAGAACUGGAGAUUACAUCCAGAGACAUCGAACCGCUUGCUGAAAAUGAGAGCACAAAGGACGAGAAAAUUGCUACAACUAUUGAUCAAGAUGAGAAGAGAGAGAAAAGUGUUGCGACGGAAGAAUUAGCUGCCCCGGAAGCAAAGGUUGUCGAAACAUCUGAAGUUGCUGAAAAGGUUCCAGAACUGGAGAUUGCUUCCAGAGACAUUGAACCAAAUGCUGAAAAUGGGAGCAAAAACGACGAGAAAAUUGCUGCAAGUGAAGCCAAUGAAGCUGCAGUAGUUGAGAAGAAAGUGGAUGAGGCAACAGCUAAUGCUACUGAACCUUCAGCUGAAGAGGCUCAGAAGCCAGAGACAGAGGCAAAAGAUGAGAAAAUUGCUGAAGCUGAGAAAGAAGUUGAGGAGACAACAAAAACAGAAGAAGUUCCAGUGAAGACAAAGCAAUCAAGCAACCUUAUGUCUAAGGUGAAGCAGUCUCUUGUGAAGGCUAAGAAAGCAAUCAUUGGCAAGUCCCCCAACUCCAAAUCUGAAUCAAAAAAUGAAGUCAAAACCAAAUAAGAUAUCAGAAACUCUGAGAUAAACAUUACAAUGAUCAGAAGUGAGUAAAUUUACUAGUGGUGUGAUCUUUAUUUUUCCUAUUCUUAAUCUUUUUCAAUUUUUGGUCACCAGGGGUCAGGUAUGCUACAUUGUCUUGUUUUGUAUGAUUCUAGUGUUUGUCCAUAGAUAUUGUAUAGUUGUGCUUUGCUUUCUACUCUUCCAAACUAGAGAUAAUGUUCCUUUCUUAUGUUUUUCUUUUCUUAUUCGACUGUUGAGUCAGGUUGUGAGUUUGUGGAAAAACCUAUUCAAUUGAUUGGAUAAUGAUGUACAUCAAGUGUCAUAUUUCUAUA